CAUCUCUCCAGCAGAUCCUGUUACUUUCUAACAGAUCAAUCAACAAGACCUCCCGUCGUAGAGAGUAAGAGUAUGAGGAAUAGCUGUUUCACUCACCACGGCAGUCCAACAGGAAGUGACAAGACAUGGGGACUCUGCUAAUCACCAUGAUGACCAUACAGCUGUGACUGGCUGUGUGAAGCCCCUCCCUCUUUUUCUACACCCAAGCUAAACCCCUCUCCCCUUUCUGAGGACAACCUAGCUACCCCAGUCCAUCAUCCACGCUCUUUCUCCUUUAAAACCUCUCCAUCCCUUAUUUCAAUCCCACGUUUCCUCCAUUUUAACACAACCUCCCUCUUCAUUCGUCCUCCUCCUCCUUCCAUCAUGCUCAGCAGGCUUCGCUCUCACUCCUCUUCCUCCUCCUCCUCCUCCUCCACCUCCUCUCCAUCCACCCCCAUCCUCCUCAUCCUUCUCUCUCUCCUCCUCUUCCUCCACCUCCCGAGCCUGGUCUGGGGGGACUGCUGGCUGAUCGAGGGGGACAAGGGCUACGUGUGGCUAGCCAUCUGCAGCCAGAACCAGCCUCCAUACGAGACCAUCCCCCAGCACAUCAAUAACACGGUCCACGACCUGAGGCUCAACGAGAACAAGCUCAAGAUGAUCCCCUACACCUCCAUGUACCGCUUCACCAACCUCACGGACCUCAACCUCACCAAGAACGAGAUCUCCUACAUCGAGGAUGGGGCCUUCGCUCAACAGGCCAACCUACAGGUCCUCCAGCUGGGCUACAACAAGCUGACCAACCUGACAGAAGCCAUGAUGAGGGGCCUGGGACGGCUGCAGUGCCUCUUCCUCCAGCACAACCUCAUAGAGGUCAUUGGCAACAAUGCAUUGGAUGAGUGCCUCAGUCUCAACAGCAUUGACCUGUCGUCCAAUAAGCUGGCCCGCCUCGAACCGUCCACCUUUACCAUUUUGAACCGCCUCAUGGUGUGUGAGCUGGCUGGGAACCCCUUCCACUGUGGCUGUGACUUGUACAACUUCCUCACCUGGUUGGAGGCCUUCAAUAACGUCACACACACCUACGACCGGCUGCAGUGCGAGACCCCCAGGGAGAUGUUUGGCUACCCACUCCUGAGUCCCAUUGCGUCCGGCAUCGUCGGGCAUAACGCUCGGACGAUUCUGUCCUCUGUCUGCCGGGACGGGGUCUUUAUCCCCGGGAUGACGUCUCUCCCGCCAGACUCAGAUUCCUCCGGAAUGGGCCCGGACAUGUUGGACCGCGUGGGCCCGUACCACCAGCCCACCACCUCGUCUUCCUCCACGGAGCACAGCUUCAGCCCCAGCAUCAAGCUCCACCACGUGUCCCUCGUCACGGCCUCUAUCAUGGUCCAGAUCCCCAGACCUUACAGCAAGAUGUACAUCCUGGUGCAGUACAACAACACCUUUGUCUCUGACGUAAUGAACCUGAAGCUCAAAAAGGAGAUGAUCACGCUGAACAAGCUGAAGCCACACACCAACUACACCUUCUGCGUGGCCUCCAUCCGGACCUCCCAACGCUACAACCACACCUGCCUCCAGUUCUCCACCCGAGGCCAGAACCCCGACGACAUACCGCCAACACCUUCCAUCACCACCCACUACAUAUUGACCAUUGUGGGCUGCCUCUUCGGGAUGCUCUGCAUCCUGGGCCUCGUUUACUUUUGUCUGAGGAAGAAGAGGAGGCAUGAGGAGAAGCAGAAGUCCAUCUGUGUGAAGAAGACGAUUCUAGAAAUGAGGUAUGGUCCGGAGGUGGCGGCGGCCGUGGGGAACGACCCGUCUGCGGUGCAGAAGCUCCAGGAGCAGGCCCAGGGUCAGGGCCACCACCAGUACCAGCACCACACGCACGGGGGCAAGCUGCCAAUGUCUGCCUCCUCCUCCUCGGGCAUGCUCCACUCCGCCAACACCUCUUCCUCCAGACUCUCCUCCAUCCCUCAGGAUAAGAUGGCCACGGCCUUCUCCGAGGCCAUGCUGACCAGCAAAGGUACCUACAUGGACGUGAGGAUGGAGGGGGUGAUGAGAGAUGGAGGGAUUGGAGGAGGACAGGGAGGGAUGAGGGAUGAGGAUCUAAGAGAGGAGGACGGGACGGACGUGGGGGAGGAUUCGGACGACGACGACGGGCGAGGCUCGGCUUCGGAGAUCUCCACCAUCGCCAUGGAGGUGGAUAAGGUCAACCAGAUCAUCAAUAACUGCAUCGACGCCCUGAAGCUGGACUCUGUCAUGGCCGCCUCCUCCACCGCCUCUUCCGCCACCACCACCACCUCCUACCCCAGCUCACCUCCGCCCACCUGCACUUCCUCCUUGACCCGUGGCCUCAUCCCCCUCUCCCCCGGCGUAACUGAGACCUGCCCGGGCCUGCCCGCCCCUACAACCAAGAUCCCCCCUCCACCGCCGCUCCCCUUCUCCGUCCCUCUCUCGGAGCGUCCGGGGAUCAGCGGCGGAGGGUUUGUGUCGCCCCCCUACCGGCCCCCUCCCCCUGCGUCUGCUGUGCGCCCCGUCCAGAGGCAGAUGAGCGCUGACGCUGUGGUGGUGAUCAGCGCCGUGAAGAAGCAGUGCAGUACCUCAUCCUGCAACUCCAUGGGACGUGACCGGGAACGAGGGACCGGAGGAGGAGGCCGGGUCUACAGCCUGGACGUCCACGAGCCCCGCAGUCCGGACCCCUGCCAGCAGUACCCAGGAGAGAGAGGCAGCCCCGUGGGGUGUGGAGAGCCCCUGGAGCGGCUGCCUCUGGUGGGGAGCGGCGGGGGAGGAGGUGGGGGUGGUGGUGGGUGUGGUAGUGGAGGUGGUGGUGGUGGUGGUGUUGAUGGUAUUACCAACCAGCAGCAGCAGGGACAGGGACAGGGGCAGGGGCAGCAGGAGGACUUCCACUGCUCAGAGCACCGCCAUUCCGUCCCGGCACUGUACUACGAGGGCUCCCACCAGGGUUCGCCGCACCAGAGGGCCUCCUUCCUCAAGCCCCUAACCCGCUCCCACCGUGACGCCGCCUCCUACUCGCAGCUCUCACCCUCCCGCCACCAAAACUACUCUGGGUACUCCUCCAGCCCUGAGUAUUCCUCGGAGAGCUCCCUGAGGAUCUGGGAGAGGUUCCGGCCUUACAGGAAGGGCCAGCGGGAUGAGUCGUGCUACGUCACGGCCGGGAACGCCUUAAGGAAGAAGGUGCAGUUCGCCAAAGGGGAGGACCUCCACGACAUCCUUGACUACUGGAAGGGCGUGUCAGCCCAGCAGAAGCUUUAAAAGGAAGACAGGAAGUGAGACAUUGUGGGAAAUUGAGUUUUGAGUAAUGAUUCUCUUGUUGAUCCCGGUGAACUGCCAAUUUGAGAUGACAGCCGAAAGGAAAGAGAGAAAAUGAAAUGAAUGAGGGUGAUGAAAGAGAUAAGUUGAGUCUGACGGAGCCUGAUUCAUUUACAGUAGGUUUCAUUUAUCCGUGUAAACAUCAGCAGGACCAGAGCUGAGAGAGAUGAUAGUACAGCAGGGUCAUUGUGACAGUGAAUGGAGUGGACAGUAGCACUACUUCUGGAACCUUCUCAUCCUCUUUGCAGUUAUAAUUAGAGACAGGGUGCCCAGGCCAACCAUCCAAUCAGUAUUCAGUGAACACUUCAUGUGGAAUUCACCUGUUGGAGUGUCAUUCUCUGUGCCACGCUUUCAUCUGUGUGUAGCGACGGGAACUCAGAUGAAGUAACGCAUGUUUGUGUCUGCGUCGAGUGUAUGCAUGUGACAUCGAGUGUACUGUAUGUGAGUGUGUGUGUGUGGUGUGUUUGAGUCAGUCUAAACUCCUACACAUGUUUUUGGCGCAUGUAGGGCACGGAGAUAAUGUGUGUGUCUGUGUUGGUGAGACAGAAACACAGUGAGAUAAUAUACCCAGAGAGAGAGAAAGAGAGAGAGAGAGAUACAAAGGGGGGAAAACAUGCUGAUUUUGAACAAAGCUGUCAAGCAGUCUCUCCCUCCUAUCCCUAAGAUCCGCCCUACUAUUGGAUACUGCACAACCAUUUGCAUUUCAAUAGUGGCUGUCACAGUCACACAGUCACACAGCAAGCGGAGAGGAAUAAAAAGGAAAAGCUGAAAACACUGAAGGAGGCUGUACGGUGUGAGGAUGCAGGCUUUGGUUGUGUCUCAAAUGCCAUCCUAUUCCCUGUACAGUGCACUACUUUUAACCAGGGCCUAUGGGGAAUAGGCUGCCAUUUGGGAUGCAGCCUUAGGGUCUUCAGUCAGCCACAGCACAGGACUAGCCAACCAGGGAGGCAGGGUAAUGUACUGUGAUACAGGCCAUCUGUAACCUCCUGUGAAGAUAGGGAAUUUACACAGCAGUGUUAAACAGUAGCCCCGCCCCAAGAGCAGAGACAUGCAGCUAGGAGCAAUAGGGAGGAGUAGGAGGUAUUUGGCCCUACAUGUUGAUCUAUGAUCAGACAUUUAACCUGGACCCUGUGAAUGUGAAUCAUAUUGUGAAAAGCUGUAUUGUUGUUAUUGGUAUCUGGGGUAGGGGUCGCUGUAACUCACAAGGUUCUAUUGACAGAUAAAGAGAGAGAUGGAGAGACCGACAAACACAGAGAGAGAUAAAAAGACAGUAAAAAAGAGAGAGGGGAGAGAGAUACAUUCUGCGUAUUGUGCAUAUUCAUGUAAGCAGAUUAAUGUGGUUUAACAGAGCUAAAAUACAAACCAUUUGCAUCAUUUGAUGUGAGCACUUUGUGUGCUGCUGGCAAUCCUUUUGUCUCGAUGAAUGUGGCUUGAAACGUCCACGCCACGUUUAAUAAUGUGAUCUAAAAUGGAUCAUUGUCUUUCACUGGCGACUCACUUCACACACGUUUACACACACAGUUACACUGUACAGCAGUUAUAGCUCACGGGAAUACUGUCCCUCUUAUUUCAUAGAAACUGAAUGAGGGGCGGAGAAAGAAGGUAUACCUUUAAUUAACACCAACACCUCUUUUUGGAUAUUAACACCAUGAAUGUCCACUUUAAUUAGACACACUAAUUAGCAAUUAAACAAGACUCUGUCAUGGGGAGGUUGUGUGUGUGUGUGUGUGUGUGUGUGUGUGUGUGUGUGUGUGCACGCACGCACGCUCGUGCGUGUGUGUAUAGGGUCGGUCAAUAUGCAUCGGUGGGUUGUGUGUAGAGUGUUUAAUCUAAGCUAAUUGAAUUAGAUCUGCCUGCCUGGCUCGAAAGUUGAUUAGGAGUCUGUUGUUUUAUGCCCUUAGGGUCAUUGACCUUCUGUAGCCUAUCGAUCCGAGGCCAAGUUAUCCACAAUAUGGGAUUGGAAUAUUGACAGGCAAGUGUGGAGAAAUGCACAAACAAGGACAGAACAGCUCAUAUCCACCUACACACACACACACACACACACCCACACACACACACACAGAUAUAUAGAGAGGGCACAUUCACCUAAUCCACUUCAAUGCAUGAUCCAGCUGUUAACCUUUUCAGUGGAGUGACCUGUAAAUAUUAAUCCUAUAGGAGGUAGUCUGACAUUGUAACAGCUGGCUGCUUAUCAAGGACCAGUGUUGGGGAGUAGUGAACUACAUGUAGUCCAACUAGUAAUUCAACUAC